GUGUCAUGAAUGCAUUGGCCAGAGGAGGUUUUAUUGGGCAAGAAAUUCUACGGUAUAGAGCCGAGCAUUGAUUCCAUACCGGCACUCAGACAAGAGCCACACGCUCUUCCCUGACAUGUGUUACGGAGAGACUGUGUGUGUGUGCGUGUAGUCUCUGCCACGAUUUUUGGGAUCGUUAUAUAACGCUGUUCAAAUGGUGUCUGUGGUGACAUUCCAUCCUGUCUGUCUCGCGGGGUGACAGCUGGUGAUUCCCUCGGAAAUAUUGCCUUAAAUCGUCUGCCAGUCCUUUCGUUUACAACGAUUUAAAGGCCGUCAGUUCGUGUUCCCGAGGAAAGUGGAAAAAAAACUAAACCCGGUUAGUGACUGUGGGCGGUCUGUGAUCUGGAAAAUGAAAUUGACAGCGAUUAAUAUCGGACGGUAAAGGAUGAAAAGGUAAAGGUAGACGAUUUCAAAGACACUCUGACAUUUUGUGAGCGUUACUUUUGAUGAUUGAAGUUCGUAAAUGCAAUCGAAUGUUUUGCGGUUCAGUGAGAGGUGUUCAGAGGUAGAGAACUGUUAGUCGGUUUGCUUGUUUGUUUUGUUCAAUAAAAGAAAAAAGAGGCUGUGAUGGUGUAGUGUGAAUGUAACCAAUUUGCCGACACAAACUUGGCCCGGUAAAGCAUUGAUUAGACAUCCGGACCAGACUUAGCUGUUGCAGAAUGUCUUCAGUGACCGGUUGAGAACAGGACAAGACACUCUUGAGAACUAGACGUCCAAACUCCGCUGAUCAUUCUGUUCUUUGCUUCCUGGAUAUUUUGAUAAGUGAUAGAAAAAAAAGUGAUUUAGCGAAUUACCCCAAAACAAAUAUUUCUGCUCCACAAUUGAGUGAUGAAUAAUGUAACAAUGUAGAAAAAAAUAUAUGAUAUACAAGGAAAACGAUCAAAGACAGGAAGCAAAACUAGAAAAGGGGAAUAACAAUAAGCUUAAUCCUCUAGAUAUCGUUUUAAAAAAACCUACCCUAGAAAUAACACCGUUGCCAGUUAACGUUAUAGAUAUUACGUUCAGUUAAUAGAAAAUUCCGUUAGCAUAAGAAACCAAAGCAUCUCCUUCUCCUACCGCCGGGAUGACUCUAAAGGUGUCCUUACUGCUCGUCAUGGCCGUGACCUUCGGCCACCUCCCCUACAGCGAGCUCCUGAACCCUUCGGAGGUUGGAGCCCACACCCUCGGCGACAGAUUCAAGGCGGUCCGGGAGAAGGGCGCCGCCGACGAACUCCUCCUACAGAAGGAGAAGUACUACGGCCAGGGCCACGUCCCCAUCGCCCACGAAGUGGACAAGACGAAGCACGAGGAGACCCAGGAGAAGGAAGAAAAGGACAGGGAGAAGUGGAAGACCAAGUACUUAGUGGCGAAGGGGGACGGGGGAGGUGGGGGGGACGAGGAAGAGGGCGAGGAAGGAGAAGAGAGGAUGAUGAACGAAGAAGCCAACAGAAGAGUAGAUGACAGAAGAGAAGAAGAGAAACAUGAUAAAGGUAGUCAGCAGAAGGCAUCACCUAUUCCAACGCGGCAUCCUCCCGACAGGACGGAGUCGGCCAGGACCAGCCCCAAGCAUCCGCCAUCUUCGAGAAAUGCCGGCAUGCAGAUUUCACUUCAGUAUUACGCCAACUUCCUCAACUUCUACCUCCCGAAUUUGAAGAAGGCCAACCCGGACUGCAAGAGGGACUUGCACGCGCUCUCUUACGGCUUAUUCCACAUCGAGGAAUAUCUCAGGAAGGGCUGGCUGUGGCCGCUCAAGUUGAUUGACUCCUGGGGGAAAACGGCAGACGGCAUCUUAGACGGGAACUUCAAUUUCAUGGGCUUCUUCAAGGAGUGCAUCAACAUCCAAGUGAAUCUCCCGAGCGAGGGUGACGAGCCGAAGGCUGAUUUCGUCGGCAAAUAUUGCACUAUCGUCUAUAAACACUCUUCCGUCAAUGGAAGCGAGUACCAAGGUCGCCAUCCACUGAAGGUCCCUGGUAUUUCGGCCAGCGUCCAGUAUGUGCCUGCAAUGUUCUACUCGACCUGUUUGCCAUCGACCUGUACUGAAGCAGAACUCGAGGAAUCUGUAGCGGAGACGCUGAACCAAUCACAGUUCAGAGUGAGCACUGUUAGGUGCCAGACGAAGGACCAACAUCAUGAUUUGACAGCUGGGGAGAUAUUCGGAAUCAUUUUCUUCUCAAGUAUCGGGAUACUUUUGUUGGCGGCAUCUGUGAUUGAUGUCUGGGCCGAAUACUUUUCUGAUGGAACCAUUAGACAAGGACCCGUCAGAUACCUUUUGGCUUUUUCGGUGCCUUGCAACCUGCAGAAGUUGUUUCAUCUAGAAACGACUCGAAAUCCACAGGUGAUCUCCUGCCUUCAUGGUCUAAGAUUUCUAUCAAUAUGCUGGGUUGUGUUAGGUCACCAGUACGCUUACAGUGCGACCUUAGCUUCCAACCUUGCUGAAUUACCUCAGAUGAUGAAUAAAGUCUCCUUCCAAAUGAUCGCCAACGGGGACGUGAGUGUGGACACCUUCUUCUUCAUGAGCGGCCUCCUGGUCUGUUACACCUUCUUGAACCAGAUGAAGAGGUCCAGGUCUUUCAGUGCACCCGUUUAUUACCUCCACAGAUUUCUCAGGUUGUUCCCACCAAUCGCCAUCGCCUGCGCUUUCCUAGCCACUCUCUCGAGCUUCCUAGUUACGGGACCUCUUUCCUGGUACUACGAGGACUACCUCAUGAAAGGAUGCCGGCACUCCUGGUGGAUGGACGUCACUUUCAUUAGCAACUUUGUCUUCCCUCACUUGGCCGAGAUGAACAAGACGAACGAAGCGGCUUCGUGUCUGCCUCAUUGUUGGUUCACAGCCGUAGACAUGCAACUAUACAUCAUUACACCCCUGAUCCUCCUACCGUUGCACUACUGGGAGAAAAGAGGACUGAUUCUGUUGGGUGUAUGGACUGCGGCUUCCUUUAUCAUCCCUGCUGCCAUCACGGGAGCUUACGAUUUGUGGCCUUCUAGUAUGCUAAUACAGGAUCCGGCAGCAAGUCUUCAAUAUAACUACAAGGCUUACUUGAUGCCUUGGUGUCGAGCAGGUCCUUAUGUAGUUGGCAUCGCUGUUGGAUAUGUGAUUCACAUAGCCAGGGAUUCCCCAAGCGUCACUAGAUUAAGCAAGGCUCAAGUCAUCGUUGGGUGGGUGGCAACAACGGCUGUGGCGCUGAGCAUCAUCUUCGGCAUCGAGAGGUACAACAAAGUGAAAUUACCCGGUACUCCACCCGAGAUGUCCUUGGCCGAGUCUGUCCUGUACGGAGGGUUCCACAGGGCUGUGUGGGGGGUGGUCGUCGGAUGGAUCGUCCUGGCUUGCCACUGGGGCUACGGAGGUCCUAUCAACUGGCUUUUGUCACAUCCUUUAUGGCAGCCUCUGAGUAGACUCACGUAUUGUAUUUACUUGACUUCGUUGCCAAUUCAGCUUGCAAUCUUGUCAGCCACCGUAAGACCAUCCUACUUCAGUAAUCUUACAAAGCUGGAAGAAACCUGCGGGGUGCUUCUCAUCACCAUCAUGGUCUCAGUCGUCCUUACCUUGGUGUCAGAGGCGCCCAUUUUGAGACUUGAAAAAUUGUUACUGGAGCCCUUUAUGGCAUCGAGACGCUCUGCUGGCCUCACCUCCACCCGCCAGCUGACUGUGGCCAUUGACGACAAGUCGGACUGCGAAGACUCGCCUCGUCACAUGCCCUCUGUCCAGUACUCCUCCUACCAUGGACCCCAGGCAUGAAGCCCAGUGAAACUCCCUAAGCUUUAAACCAUUACCUAAAUUUCUCUUUAUAUGGGAUAUUUGUUCUUAUUUGCUGUGCAAAAAAGACUUUAAGGACGAGAACUAAGUUGGUUAUGAAUAGAUGUAAUGAAUGGUGUAUUUCAAAAUUUAAACCACCAUCUGAAAUAUAUAUAUAUAUAUAUAUAUAUAUAUAUAUAUAUAUAUAUAUAUAUAUAUAUAUAUAUAUAUAUAUACAUGUAUACCUAUUUGUAUUAUACAUAUGGGAUGUGGAUGAAAUAAUAUACAUAUACAUGCAUACAAUUAUCUUGUGUGUGUGUAUGUGUGUGUAGGUGUGUGUUUAUAUCCAGUAGAACAGUGGUAUGUCUGAGCACUGUUUAAAUCCUCCUAGCCUAACCAAACCCAGCCUCUAUUCUCAUGCCAUAUCCCCUUGGAACAAGGGAUUUGGUACUUUUUUUUGUGCCUUUAUCUAGUCAAAAUCUAAAGACAAAAAAAGAAGAAGAAUAACAAUGGGGCUUAACCCCAGAGGAUACAGGAGACAUACCAGCCUCCCUCUUCAUAAAUAGAGUUCUGUAGAAUUCACUAAGAAUGGUUGUGGCACGAGUACAUAGCGUGGAAACGCCACAAACAUAGUUGUUUAGCUAUCCGGGAUUACCAAUCUGCAAAGAUUAAUGAGGGAGGAGCAAUAGUUGGUGUUAAACGGCUACACAAGAGGAAUCAGGGACAGGGUCCUAAGGUCACACUAUGAAAGUUGAACGGGAGUGUUUCAUUUUCAUUUCAACCCUUACCGCACAGUGCGCAAACCUUACUCCCGGACAUACUGCUGUCAUACUUACUCCAUAUUGUUGAUCUUUCAUAUCACAGAUAAAUCAAACUGUAGAUGUUAUUUUCACUAUUGUGUUAGUGUAGUUCAGGAUGUUUCCAACAGCCAAAUCUCUCUGAAAUCAGUGCGCCAGUACAGGGACACCUGUUUCAGAAGUUUGAAUGCUGAUCACUUCAGAAUCGGUUAUUAGAACAUUAGCAAUAAUUUAACUGCCCCCUGACCAUUUUUGGAAGCUGUGAUUAUCACUAUUAUCGUGAAGCUGUGAACACUAAUACUACGACUUCUACUACUACUACUACUACUACUACUGGUAAUUUUACUACUACUACUUCUAUUACUAUUGCUUCUGCUGUUGUGGUUCCUGAUACUAUUACUCUCCUUAAUCAUAGCAUUAUUAUUAUCAUUAUUUAGAAUUCUAGUAACAACGAAGUGGAAAGUAUUCCGUGCUUGUUGAUAUUUCGCAUACGAAGUUGAUCAUUGUUUCAUCAGCACAGGUGGAAGCUAGUCUUGCACUGCUCAGUCACGAAUAAUUAUCUCCCUGAAUCCUGACCGUGACAUUUCUCGUGAGGGGACGUUUUAGGAAUGUAGUGGAUAGUCUUCGCUGUGUUAUUAGUUUUAAGAAUUUGUUGUUCUGUUAUUUGUUAUCAAGCCUUAGGGAUAUUUGUUAUUUCUCAGCUCACUGUAAUUUUAACCUGGAUGUUUGUUGACUCUUCUGGGCACGGAUGGUGCUCAAAUAUAUCAAUUUUCCAUGGGGUUAUGCAUAGUUGUAGUGUCUAGACGCUAGAUUCUACAGGAAUUGUAGAAUAAGAUGAAUAUAGUAUUUGUAUAGUGUCAAAGCUGCUGCUAGAAGAUAGAGCAGAUGCUCUUCAAGAUUGAAGACCAGCGGUGUUGGUAGCAUUUUAUGACUACCAAUCUCUCAAACUUCUUUGAAAAAAUAGCCAGUUUUUGCCUCCUGAGCAUGGCUGUACACCAUUUCAUUUCAUUUCCAAAAGACCCUUAAAGGAGGAUUGAAUUUUAAGAGCUUUUUAAUCAAAGUUAACCAAAGUGAAAAAUGUAAGUUAUCCAAUAACUGACCCAUGAUAUAUCGUCAUUUCAUUUCGCUUAAAUGAACGCAUUUUUUAACAUAAUGGGCUUCCAUAACAUACGAAAUCUGAUUCUUUUUUUAAGGUUACAGUAGACCAUUUUAAGCCCAGAACUGAAGUAUGGAUUUCUUGUCCGUAUUCGAGCAUUGAAGAAAAUGCUUCUAGCCUCACUUUAUCAACAUUACUAAAUAUGCCUCUGAUAUUUAUAU